AUGGAAUCCUCUUACAUGAACACUUGGCGCCCGCUAGGUGUGGUGGAAGGGAAAAGAAUGCCCGCUCGGAAAAAAACACCACCCCCUCCUUCCUCAGGAGCAACUUCAGUAAAUACCGCGACCGCCAUAAAUCUCGCGGCGGCGGCGGCUGCUGUCUCUUCUCACCACGAUACAACCCCGACAAUACCGCGUCAGAGAAGACGACGACGAACAAGUACUAGUAGCAAUAAAGAAACCACACCAACUCGCAAAAGCCCACGAAACCCAAGUCUUAGCAGAACUCCUGUUAAUCCUGAAAACAUGUAUAGUGGUGGUGGUGCUAAUGCUGGUGAAAGUAGUAAUGAAGACAACAAUGACGAUUAUUCCUCAUCACCCAAGUAUACUACUGUGUUUCUUCGACCAAGGACCGAUUUGCCUUUCCAUGAUGUAGGGGAUGAGCGAAAGUAUGACUUUUCGAGAGAAGAAGAAAAGUUUAGAGAAUUUCAAGAUGAAGAUACUUAUAGAGCUGAAAAAGAUAUUCUUAAAAAUGACAUUGAGGAUCACCAUGAUGAUAAUGUUUAUUCUGAAUACGAAGAAGGACAAAGUUCUGAUCCUGAUUCACCUUCUCCUUCAGUCACAAGAAUACCUUUAAAGAGUCCGCAUAAAUCGCGUGAAAUUGACACAACAUUUCCGCCAAUACCACCAACGAGCAAGCCACAUGAUCAGAAUCCUGAUGGUUCGCCAUUUUACGCGUCAAUUUCUAAGUUAUUAAAAGGGGGACUAAAUUUUAUUCUAUGGCCGAUCGGUAAACUACUUAAUCUUUUAGGUUUUUCCGUGUUCUUUUUAAUAGCAUUAAUCCAACAGACAAUAUCAUUCGUGUGGGGAAAUUUAACUGGUCAUGGACAAUUUGUUAGAAUACUUGAUACUCCACCUUCCGAAACAUCCCCACCUGUUCUCGCACCGUCGCUAGUAGCUGUUACGUCUACUGCUCGAAGUGGUAAGCGAUAUUGGUGGAUUUUGUGGAUCAUUUUGUUGCUCUGGUCGUUGUGGAAUGUAAGAUUUGGCGCUGAAGAUAAGACAGCAAUCGAGUAUAUACGUGAAUUGCCAAUUCGAGAUAAACUCCGGCUCUGGACAUCCAAGAACGAGGAUUAUCCUAAAAUAAGGAUACCAUUUUCAGUAAACAAUGAGGAAUCUGAAAGGAUUGAUCUUCUUUAUAUAAAACAAUUAAUUGCUGAAGAAGUUCGAACAUCUUGCGAGGGUAAAAUGCCAACCAUCAAGCCGAACGAAAUAACCGAACCUCAUCUAAUACAAUUACGAGGGUUUAUAUCGACAGAAGUCAAGAAUAUUUGUGCAUCGAACACCGCCGCUCUAAAGAAUCAACUAGCCGCUGAUCUUCACAAAAUUAAGAACGACGUUAACAAUGACGUAACAGGUGGCAUUAAGAAUGUCAAGAAGGAUGUAGAUGGUAAUCUCAACACUAUUAAAAAUGACGUGAAAAAUGACAUUAAUGGUGUCAAGGAACAAGUCAAAAGCCAAUUGAACGAUUUUCAGAGUACAAUAAAUGGUGACAUCAAUCAUUUACGUAGCGCUGUAAAGACUGAUAUAAAUGAUGUCCGAACAGAUAUUAAAAGUGAAGUGAAGAAUGACAUUAAAAACCUGCGGAAUGAAAUCAAAACCGAUAUGAAUGAGUUGAAAAGUGAUAUAAAGAACGGAAUAAAGCAUGAAUACAAGGUUGAUAUUAAUCUUGUCAAAGGCGAACUAAACGAGAAUAUGAAAAACAUGAGAAAGGACAUACGUAACGAACUUGGGCACGAGCUCGAUGUAUUCAAACAUGAUCUCAGUGAUGUUCAAAAAGAAUUCCGAAAUGAAAUCAAAGAAGAAAUAAAGAAUCAAGUGAGAGGCGAUCUCAAGAGUGAAUUAAAGGCCGAAGUCAAGAGCGAAAUUUCAAAUGAAGUAAAGAGCCAAAUCUCGAGAACCAAAUCCUUGAGAGUGCCAAGUUGGAGGGGAGGGGAAGAAUUGUUAGAGGUGAUCAGAUCCGAGUCUCGUAAGAUUGUUGAAGAGGAAUUACUGGUAUUUUCUCAAGAUAAACUAAAUCGACCUGAUUUUGCACUCCAUUCUGGGGGCGCAAAGAUCAUAAGUCGAUUCACUAGUAAAACGUAUGAAUUGUGGCCCGAGGAAUGGUAUAAAAAACUUUUUGCUAAAGUUUCUGGUCAAGGAAUUCUUCGCGGUAAACCACCAGUUACAGCGAUAUCACCGGAAACACAUGUUGGUCAUUGUUGGCCAUUUGCGGGUCAAGAAGGUCAACUAGCAAUCUUAUUAAAUCGACGCGUUUAUGUCACCGCUGUUACUUAUGAUCAUGUGAGCAGACACGUCACUUUUGACGUUGCAAGUGCACCCAAGGAUUUCGAAGUGUGGGGAAUCAUCGAUGAGGGAAAUAACGCCCAAGGUACACCUCGAACACAAGAUCCCGAUGAAGAAACAGUGGAGGAUAUGUUUAAAGAAACCGAAGAUUAUAUGGAAUCCAAAGAAGAAGAAUGCGGAUUCCGAGAAGACGGACAAUAUGUUACACAUAAGAGCGGUAAACUACCAACCUCAAGUAGCUCCAAACCGAGCGCACUUUCCGAAAUCGAUCCGCGAAUCGAAAAUGCCACGUCCGGCGAACUCAAACUAGGAUCAUCUCCCCUUCACUUUUUCCUCGGAAGUUACACUUACAAUAUUAAUGGUCUCCCCGUGCAAACUUUCGAAGUCCCUGAACAUAUUCGAAAAGGGAAUCGACCUAUUCGCGCUAUCAUAAUGAAAGUUAAUAGUAAUUGGGGAAAGCCUGGGUAUACUUGUCUUUAUCGGUUUCGUGUGCAUGGUGAUCCUGUUGAUAAGAUCGAGACAUAA